AUGUGGACAAGAUGGGAGUAUUGGAAGACACUGACCUGCAGCACCACCUGUACCCUGAUUGGUAACCCCACCUACAUCUGGUACAAGAACGGACAACAUCUAGAUGAGAGCACCUACAAGGUCAAAUACUCAGUCUCCAGUAACUAUGAAGACGGCUACUCCUGUGCUGUAAAAGGCCAUGAGGAUCUCCGGUCUCCUGCAGUCUGUGUCCAGGGUCAGGACUGCAACAGAGUGACUUACACCAAGAGGAGAAUCUGUGUCUUGAAGGGGUCAUCAGUGGACAUAUCAUGUACUUAUGGCAGUGGUUAUGAUACCGUCACAUCAUCACUCUGGUUUAGUCCUAAACAGAGUGCUAGGUGGAGUGGUAAGUUGAUCCCUGAGGACAUAACCACAGACCCAGGGUAUGCAGGUCGUGUGGAGUAUGGUGGAGAGAAGGAGAGAGGUCACUCCACCCUGAGAAUCACAGAUCUGAGAGAAGAGGACUCAGCUGAGUACAAGUUCAUAUUCAACACACAUACAUCAAGAUGGGGAUACAGCUUCACUGGAACAACUCUGACUGUCACAGAUGUUGUGUUGGAGAUGGAUCCUACAUCUGUGUCAGAGAGGGAGAAUGUCACACUGACAUGUAGAACCAAAUGUACACUGGACCCCAUCACAGCCUACAGUUGGUAUAAGAAUGGACAGCCUAUACCAAACAGCAACACCUACUCUCCUGUCUAUAGCCUAUUCCCAGCCAGCAGUGAGGAUGCAGGCAGAUACUCCUGUGCUGUGGAAGGCCAUGAGGAUCUCCCCUCUCCUGAAGACACUCUCACUGUCAGAUUGACAGAUAUUAGCUCCACAUGA